AUGAAAUCCAGAAAUGUUGAAAUGUGACUUGCGGCAUCUUUCCUAGCAAAUCCACAUUUAUGUUCUUCUAAUACCGAAGCUUGAGAUGAAGUGUGCUGCAAUCGUUCGGGCUCUUACUUAAUCGUCUGCUGUGACUUCCUCAUGUAGAAGUGGACGAGUGAAUCAGAAUGUGUGGAUGAAAAGUGAGCCUGAUCAGCGUGAGCGAAUAGACAGACCGGAGUAGUGCUCGACGUUCAGACAAUUACCCAACAUCCAUGUGCCAAUCAGAAUGAAGAACUGAGCAGCACUGUGGUUUAAGACCUGCUAGAGUAUUGUGAAGACAUGCUGAAUGAGACACAUGGACUGUGAAGAGUGUGUGAGCAGUGGUUCAUGAUGCACAGCUAAUGCAGGCCUGGCUGCCUCUCUGUCUGCAGUAGAUUCAUGGCAGCAUUAGGGAACCCCGAGAUGCUCACAAGGAAGAUUAAACUGUGGGACAUAAAUGCCCACAUUACCUGUCGUCUGUGUGAGGGGUACCUGAUCGAUGCCACCACCGUCACAGAGUGCUUACACACAUUCUGCAGGAGCUGUUUAGUGAAAUACCUGGAAGAAAACAACACAUGUCCCACGUGUAGGAUUGUCAUUCACCAGAGCCACCCACUGCAGUAUAUCGGCCAUGACCGAACAAUGCAAGACAUUGUCUAUAAGCUGGUGCCGGGACUCCAAGAAGCGGAGUUGAAAAAGCAGAGAGAUUUCUAUCAGAAACUGGGCAUGGAGGUUCCCGGGGACAUCAAAGGAGAACUGUGCAACAUGAAGGCCCACCUGGACCUGCAGCGCAAUGGCGACGUAAAAUCCGAGGAUGCAGCAAAGGAUGGAGAGGAGAAACCAGAGGAGGAUAACGAUUACCAUCGUAGUGAUGAGCAGGUGAGCAUCUGUCUGGAGUGCAACAGCAGUAAGCUCCGUGGACUCAAGCGGAAAUGGAUCCGUUGCUCGGCCCAAGCUACCGUUCUUCAUCUUAAAAAAUUCAUUGCCAAGAAGCUCAACUUGACAUCUUUCAAUGAGCUGGACAUUUUAUGCAACGAAGAAAUCCUAGGCAAGGACCAUACGCUUAAAUUUGUGGUGGUUACAAGAUGGAGAUUCAAGAAAUCACCCCUCCUCCUGCAUUACAGACCCAAAAUGGAUUUGCUGUAGUUGGACAGGACGGUUGUUUUGGCCCAGGACUGCGCAGCGCACUAUUUAUGCAGAGACUAUCAACGCCACACACAUAAACCAAACACACACCAGUCCCACGAGACAGUCCUGACACGAGCCAGCAAACAACCAAUACCAACUCACUUAAUGCUACUCUGGUGAUUCAGCCAAGCCAAACAGCUGCAGGCGUUCCGUCUACUCAUCACCCGCUAUGUCCUCGAUAUGUGAAAAAGGAAAAAAAAAACAAAACAAGAGAAAGCAUAUAUUUAUACUUUUGUACAGACGAGAGACACGGACCCAAGACGCUAUAACGGUGCUCUGUUUACACACCAACAACAAACAAAGCGGUGAAGGUUUUAUAUGGCGACCAUGGCUCAUGCCUCAGCGCAGUGAAGAGCAGCCACACAGUGUGUACGCUCCUGAGUGGGGGUCCCAUCACACUGCUCACUGCGGAGAAACAUCUUCACUGCCCACUCACUCGUUCAGGUCUCAACCGUCUCGGGAGCACAGAAAAUACAACUAUAUGACAAAAGACAUCGUUCCUAACAUGUUUGAGUUGUGAAUUGUCUCAGAGCAUUUUUUUCCCCUUUUGUUGCUUCACCGAACGUGGAAUUGUGAAUAGACAAAAUUUUGUGUAGUAAUUUAUGUUCAAUUUACAAGUAUUGUACAUAGAAAUUGUUACAAUGCAAGAGAGAUAAAAAACUGAUAGAUGAAAUGUAAGAGUGAGCGAGUGUGUGAGUGCAAGACAGAGAUUGACUGACAGACUGUUCAGACUGAAAGCAGAUUUUAAUGGAAUGAUUCGAGGAAACCAAAUUUACACCAGUUUUCCACCUGAACACAGAUAAGAUACAGUGCUUUGCAUAAGUAUUAACCCCCACACGAACGUUUCCACAUUUUGUAUUGUAACAACCUGGAAUUGAAAUAGUUAAUUAGGAUUCCAUGUCUUCAUGUUGGUUAUAUAUCUCUUAUCUGCACAAAAUAACCCUGAAGAUUUAAAUGGGAGGAGAAAUUUAUAUAGUUUACAUAUAUUUACCAAUAAAGAGCAUAAAAGCAUAAAUAUUCACCCCGUUUCUGUCAUUAGUUUCAGGGCCAUCAGAUGUCAAAUCAUUAGUUAUUUGAAAUCUAAAUAUUAAAUUAACCAGUUUCUGAAGGGCCCCAGAGAAUGUUAAGGAAAAUACCCAAAACCCUCAGUGUCAUGAGCUCAAAGAACUUCCAAAACAAUGUUCUGGGAAAAGAAUCAAUCAGGGCUUUGGUUAUCAAAGAAAAUCCCACAGGGCACCAUUGAUGCAAAUUUGUACAUAAUGUCGCAAACUGUAUUAUUUUUUCAUCUUUAUGGUCAAUAUUAUGCUCAAUUUGGUGUCGAUCCAUGACAUAUAAUCCCAGUUAAGUUCUUUUAGUUUCCUGGUUGUAAUGUUAAAAAAUGCAGACAGUUUAAAGGGGGGGUGAAUACUUACGUAAGGCAGUGCAUGUCCAGAAUUUUUUUUACUUGGAUGUCAAACGCAUCCUAGAUUUUGAAUUUUUAUAUUUGAGGUGCAAAAUUGGUGUUAAUUGUUUUUCUUCCCCCUCAAACAUUCUUUUAAACAGUCAGAUGUUUGAAUAUAUAGGGACAUAAAGACUAUUUGCAUAGUGAGAUUCCUGAUCAGAAUGUGUCCUUUAACAGAGGGAUGGUACCUUAUCUCACUAAACACACACUUGUUUUCCCCUUGUAACUGAAGGGGGUGUUUAGUGUCUGUGUAACAAUAAUGGCAGUGAUAUAAAUUAGAAAGUGGUUUUGAAAUGACAGUGCUUUUAAACCAUUCUCCCGAGUUAUUCAUUCGCCAUCGAGGAGUUAUUAAUGUCGUCUAAUGAUGGAUCGUUAACUUAAGGCAUAUUAGUCAUGCAAAAUAUCACACUCUUCAAAUGAACAAACUGCCGUCAUUAAAAAAAGAAAGAAACGGUAGCUUGUUUUCGGAAGCAAGCGUUUACUGUUUGACGUGUGUUAAAUACACUAUGCGAUACAUUUCUAUAGGGUUUGUGUCUGGACAUGGACGUGGAAACAGAAAACGUAAUCUGUAUCUCAGCAUCCAUCCCUGAGGUUCCCCUACACCACACCCAGUCUUAGAACCAUAUAUGCAAUACAUAGGCUUUAUUAUAAGUUUAGCAGAAGCUAAUUUUAAGCAUUUUAGGUUUCCACAGAAGCUUUAGUAGCCCACUCCUCUACAGAAAGAAUGUAAUCCAUAUGAAUAUCCAUCUGUACCGUUCAUCUCUUGUGUUCUGCCGCUUUUUAGUGCCAAAGGCUCAAAGACACCCUUCAGGUUUCAUGUUUAUUCUGUAUGGCAAGCUGUGUGAAAGGCAAAAUGGAGAGAUCAUAAAGGAAAAAUAGUAUUUAAUAAUCUGAAAUUGCCGUUUGUCACCAUUCGUGUUUUCAGAAAUUAACAAUUCUUACUUUUUUAAAACCUGGAGCCCUCUUUUAAGACGCAUCGAUUCAUAAUAUUUCAGACUUUGCUACAGAAGCUCAUAUGAGCGAUGUCUAAAGGGCUCUCUAUCAGUACGAUCAGUACCAUUUUCCUCUCAGCUACUCAGUGAUGAAAUAAUAACAAUCAAGUUUUGAUACUGAGAUUUGAUAGCUCAUUUUUAAUAAAAUGUCUCCUUUUUGGAAUUUAUAUAUAUAUAUAUAUAUAUAUAUAUAUAUAUAUAUAUAUAAUAAAAAAACACCUACUCGGUAGACAGGGAAUGAAGUGGUACAUAUGAGGUCUUCUAGCUGCUCACUCAUUCUGUGUGUCUACUUUCACACGGGUAAAAUGCCAAAACCAGCUUGACCAAAUCUCAUUUUAUUUGGUUCUCCAAGUUACUACACAUCUUGUUCUGUGUUAAAGACUACAGUCUCGCAUCAGAUCUCCUGCCUGUAAUGUGUUUUAUCCUUUCUCUCUGGAUGUGCUUAUUUUUUAUUGAUGUCUUAUAAUGUGAACUAUUUCAGUAUGUAAUGAAGAAAUGUUAUGCUUUACUGUUUCUAAAGCACAGGUUCUGCUUAUUUGUAUAUUUUAGGUAUUUUUGACCUAGUCCUGAAUGGUUCAUGAGCAAUCCACACCUUAAUUACAGCCGUCUCAUUUUUGUGCUAAUUCAUUGUAUUACUUACUGGAUGAAAUCAUGAAACCAGGCCAGCGAAUCACCAUGAAUAGUCUGAAAUGGAACAAGCACAUGCGUUAUUAUUAUUUGUAUUAUUUCAUGUACUCAUUUUCUAUUACAUGAGUACAGUUCAGGAUUAACGGAAAGUGGUCUGGAUUUGUUUUUUCUUCGUGGAGAAGGCCGGUGGUGCUGUCUUUCUUUUGAGUUGAUAAAUGGUGCUAAUGUUUUCUACACUUUGUUUAAAAAAAAAAAAAAAAAAGAAAAAAAAAAUGAAAGCUUAUGCUUCAGAGCAGUGGAUGGUAAAAAAGAGUCGCUUUUUUGUGUCUGGUGCUCUUGAAUUUUGUACAAGCUCAUUUCUCCAGGCUGUGUGUGGGGGGAAAAUAUCCACAAACCCAUAUGUUCUUUUUCUUGUGUUAGUAUAAGCAGAAAUAUCACGACUGCACCAUCCAUCCCCAUCCAUGCAACUAAGAAAAAUUGUUUCUGGCAAAGCUUCAUUACGUCGACGCUUUUCCUAAACACAGCUCCACCUGCCUUUUUCAGACCCUGCUGGUCUGAAGUGCAGUACCCUGUUACUGUUAAGACUGUAUGGGCACAAGAUUUGUAUUGUUUUGUUUUGCAUGUGAAAGUGAAAAUCUCACACCUGCAGUGCAUCUGAGAGAGUAGGAGCUAUUCAGGCCUGCAUUAAGACAUCAGUGCUACACUUGACAGACAGGCUGUAAGAAGAUUAUGUGAGUGCCCCUUGAAUGCCCGGCACUCUGAAGGCCUCUGUUUAGAGACCUGGACGGUGCCAGAUCCCUCUUUAUCUCUCUGUGCUGGUGUGUGGUUUUGUUUAGACACUUCCCUCAUUGGUGAUCAUACUGGAUCUGUUUAGGCCACAAUUUAAUCAGAUACUAAUUAUGAAAGUUUUUUUUUUCCGUUUUGUUCAGUUUCAGGUUUUUCAUUUAUUUCUUAUACCUCUGAUUGUUUUCACCUUACAUUAAGCUUAUCAGCUUAUUAAUCCCUAAACCUGCGUGUGUAUUUUCAAACAAUUGAGCAAAGAACCUGAUGGGGGUAAGGAUGGAGAAUUCUGCAUACAGAGGCAUUGGAAAGCCCUACACCAGCAAGCCUCUCUUCUAGGACUGCAUCCUGAACAUAUUGUCAUGGUUACACUGAUUGAAAGGUGCUAACGAUUGGUCAGUGAUUGUGGGUUGCCAGGUGUUUCAGUUACGUGCGUGGCAACACCCAUCAGUCUUAACAAGACUCCAAACUUUACACCUUCUAAACCUGGCUUUCUUUAAAAAAAAACUAACUUUCUAAUUGCAUUAAUGACAAAUAAUUUUCAGGACCAACCUUGACAGUGGCACCUUCCUAUGAGCCAUAAAUACUGUCCAAACUUUCUUUGUUUUUUUUUAAAUUGUAUUUAUUUAUACUGUAAAAAAAAAAAAAAAAAAGACUCUUUGCAGUAGCCUGUUUUUUGAUACGUCAUGCGGUCUGGUGUCUUUUUUUUUGCAUUGAAUUAUGUGUGUGUUUUGUUUUUUUUUCUUUUAAACACAUACAGGGCUUAAAAAUGAACAUGUCACAUAAAAACUGUCCUUUCUGUAUGUAGUCUUAUACCUGUAAUUCCAUUGAAAUGAUGUGUGUGUUAUUGCUCUUUGGCUACAACACGCCUGCUGUAAUCUGAUCAGGUUCGACUGCGAGUGUCUCAUCUUUGCUCGGAUGCUUCAUUGUGUUUAUGAGGAGGAAAAAUGUGCAAUAUACAUCUCUCAGAUGGAUCCUGGUUUCAGCUCAAGAAACUCCAUUGCUUCUUUUCUGUUUCCGUCAGGUGCUCAGGUCACUGAACAAAUCCUUUCAGUCCUCAUCUCACACAUUCUACACUAAUGUUUCAUUCUCAUCAACUUAUUCCUUUGGGGGUUGAACUUUGGCACUUAAUGUGGUGCCAUGUUUCUUUUUUGUGUCUUCAUUAACCGUAUUAUGAUUAUUUAUUGCACAUGUAAUAUGGAUGGUUUCCAUGGCUACACUUAAAGGAGUCUGAGUUUAAAACUAGGCUGGAGUUUCUUACAAUUUUAUGGACGCUUUUGUUGAAAAAUUUAAAAGUGUGUAUUUCAUGAAUAAAUGCCUUAAAAGAA